AUGGCAGAGGUCAUCGGUCUGGUAGCAUCUCUCAUCACCCUAGCCGGCGCGAGUGCGCAGCUAGCCACAACCCUCCUCGACGUCGCUAAUGUUAUCAAAUCCGCAGAGUACGAAGCUAGGAUCAUUGCUGUAGACAUCAACGGACUCUCAAGCUAUCUCACACAGUUGAGUAUGAUUGUGGACACCCCAAACAUCAAGACGGAAAAGCUUCGCGAAAUUACUGUCGUCUUGAUCGCUGCAUGCAAAACACUCAUAGAGGAUUUAAAGAUGCUCAUCGGACAGCCGGUUCAGCACGACCCUGCAAGACGCGCUUUCACCAUAUCGAUGGUACGAUUCCGUUUCAGAUGGAUGAGAGUCGGGCCUAAGGUCAUGUUUGUCAAGAGCCUGAUCGACUCUUUCAAAACCACUAUCGUCGUCCUUGUCUCCACGAUGAACUUAGCCGUUGUGCUGGAGCGGAAUGCCCCCGAGUCUAUAAGCGAGAGUCUAAAGACGCAAGUUGAGAGCAACAUCAAAUUUGCGGAAGACGCUACGAGGUGUCUGCACUAUCACACGACUAUUCAGCAAGACGAGGUUCCAUCUUUCACGCCUACUGUGGAGUCCAGCGCUGCGACAGAACUUGAGGACGCGACACAAGGUGCUGGGGGAGAGCUCAUUGUGUCUAGGUUGCGGCCUUCCGAUGAGCGCAGCCUAGCAGUACACGACGCAACACUCCUCACUAACCCAGACUUUGAGCCUAAUGACUUCGCCCUCCAGAUCUUCCACGACUGUACACAAGCAAUAGAACUGCAGCAGAUGUCUAGCGCGUUAGCCAAGGAUGUGCUAGAUUAUCCUACCCGAAAAGCAGCAUGGAACUGGAAUGCCUCCGGAAGCUCUUCUGUACACGAGCGCGCAGACUCAGUUAGUGACGCCGUCGACCCCAGAGAUCUCUUCCACCAGGCCGAGAUAGCUCUCCUCCACCGGAUCGAGACAGACCUCUUCCACCACAUCGAGAAAGAUCUCUUCCACCACGUCGAGAGAGAUCUCUUCUACAUCGUCGAGGAAUAA